AAUGAUGAAUAGAUCCUUCGUCUGUUUCUGCGUUUGAAAAAAGCAGUGGAGAAAAGUGAAAAAAUCAAAUUUCUAAUUUUAACUCAAUAAUAUUGAAUUUUUGUUAUGGAACACGAAACACUUAAUGAUUUUGCUCAUUUGCAAAAUCAGUUGCAAAUGGCCAGAAAUGAAAUAAAUAAUUUGAGGAAACAAUUAUCCCAACUCAAAUAUGAACAUAAGGAUAUGUGUGAUAAGAUCUCAAAUAAGUUGAGCAACUUCAAAUGUGAAAAUUGCAAAUCUAAUCUAACAGCAAUUCAGCCCCCAACAACAUCUCGUAAUAGAGAUACUAACUAUGCACAAUUCAGGUACAUAGGAACAAUAAGUACAGAAUUUCCUUCCAAACGAGGUAUCCCCAGACAACCAAAUGUAUGCAGCGAAGCACUAGGAAAGUUAAUUCUCAAUAAUGAUGUUUUUACAAAUCCCCACCAUGCACUGGAGGGCUUGGAAAAGUUCUCUCAUAUGUGGAUACUAUUCCACUUUCAUCAAACGGAAUCAACACAUUUACCUGCCAAAAUUGCACCACCCAGACUUAAUGGAAUGAGACUAGGAGUUUUUGGAACAAGAUCCCCACACAGACCCUCCCCAAUAGGGUUAUCAUUGGUAAAGAUCAAUGAAAUAUCUGGAAACACAAUUACUUUUAAUGGAGUAGAUAUGAUGGAUAAAACACCUGUUUUGGAUAUAAAACCAUUUAUUCCUCAUUAUGAUGUUCCAAAUUCCAUUGCUUAUGGAUAUAGUUCGGGUAAUAUAACUAGACCAAUGGAAGAAGAAAACACCUCUGAACUAAAUGAGGACAACUCUGUGCCUCAACACUCUGAAUCUCGAACACUAGUAGGUCAAGAAAGUGAAAGAUAUACGGUUCCAGGAGCCAGUAAUAACAUUGAUAGAAGGAGUUCCUCCUUUAGUGACAAUGCACAUUUGAGAAUGGUUGAACGUGAAGCACCUGAUGGAGAAGAGGAAGAUUCAGUUACUAACUCAAGUACAAAUGCAACAUCUCAUCCUAAUUCAUACAAUAAUGAAAUUAGAGUACCUCAAUGGUUGGAUAACCCUGUGGUGCCUACCUUAACGGUACAAUUCAGGAUGUCUGCAAUCAUUCAAUUAAGACAAUUCGGAGCAGAAGAAGAGGAAAAGAAAAAAAUUAUUGAAAGUAUAUUAUCUCAAGACCCUCGUUCAAUCUACUUGAGGGAACAGCAGGGUGAUAGUGAAUUUGUGUUUAGAAUAGCAGGUGUGUAUGUUUGUUGUCUUUUCGAUGAUGCUAAAAGAGUUGUUUAUGUUAACAAAAUAUUGAUGGCCGAAGAAUAUGGUCCAAGUGAAAUUUCACCCAAGACAUAAAUACGGCCAAAAAUCAAAGUGACUGCGAUUAUUCAUAAUUUUAAGUUGGUCUUAUGUUUACGAAAACUACCUUGUUAUAUUCGAAGUAUAAAACUCAUAUAAUACUUUUAGACCGAAUGGUGAUAUUGACAAACUGCAAAUUUUUUCAAAUUUUUGCCAUCUUUGAAAAUACAGAAAGGACAGUUUGUAAAGUGGGAAAAUGAAUUAGCUUCAAGUAAAGGGAAAAAACAUGACAACUUUCGGUAUAAAAGUAAUCUUUAUGAAUUGUGAUAUUGAGAUUAUUUUCAUAUGGAGAAUUUGCACAUUAUUUUAUUCUAAUUUAUGCUACAUAGUUAUUUUUACUACCAUUGAGCUAUAAAAAUGUCAUUAAUCUA